AUUUAGUCUUCGAUAAACAGUCGAAGCAUAUGGACGUAUUUCUUCAUCAUCAACUUAGAUUACAAUUAGGAGCUUAACACUCAUAGUAGAAACCGCAGUAGUUAGUAAAUAGCUAUACAAAUUCUAUCCUUUCGAAUACUUACUGCAAUAGUCAAUCAAAUCAUAGUUGGCCGUUUCGUUGGGAAAUCGGUGAAUUCCGCAAGAGUCGUAUCCGAGACGUGUGAAUUAUCUGCACAUCGCGAAGAAAAAGAGAGAGAAAGAGAGUAGAAAGGAGAGCCUCUACAGCUGCGACACAAGAAGUGCGAAUAAUUGAACUGUUUCGAAUCUGCGAUUGUUUGUGAUUUUGCCGGUCUUCGUUGCAGAAGAAAUUACGAAGUAAAUACGUUCAUUUUUAUAAUGUAAGGUGUAACAUCUGUUAGAUGGUAGCGGUUCGCACGAAUAAAUAGUAAAAAAGUGUGUUUUUCCUGUUUCGAAUGGAGUGAUAAUUGUAAACAUUCAGUGUUGUGUUAGUUUCAUUGCAUGCCUUGACAAAGUUCCUAUAUGUCAGCAAAAUAAAGAGUUUUUAAUGCGAUUGUGAUUGAAGGCUUGACAGCGAAAGACAGAAAAAAUCUUUUGUUAAGUGUUAGGAUGCGUUGUGUGUAACAAUAAAAAAAAUACACGCAACAAUAGCUCGCUCGUGUGGACAUUUCUGUCAACCCAUAUUCGAUCCGCCGGUAAUCGGAGAAAACGGUUUCUGAUACGUACUACAAUAAAAUAGAACCGUUGAUCUGGGACUGUUUCAGUUUUCUACUAGUCGUCGUCAUCAAGCCAAAAUUGAAUUAAUUCGGUGUACGAAUAGAGGACUAUACGAACUGUCACUUCUGUUGUGCGGAGAUAUUUGUAAACAUCACAGCCGAAAGCGACACCGAAUCGUUCGGGGAUAGACACAACAGACUCCGCCAGUCGAUCUAAGUCGCCGUCGCCCUUGUGGCGAUCCCUGAGGAUCGUGUUUGGAUUCGAGUGACUUUUCCACCCGUCCACCGGUCCGUGUACCGAUUCGUGAAUGCCAUCCUGCGCCGAAAUGCUCGUAUCGCAAAGUCCGCCGAUCUACAAUUACUCACUCACCGACUACAUCGCGAGCCAAACUGAUAGCGGGUCCCCGUUCGGUUACAGCAGCGUACCGCCCAAGCCCCGCAACUAUUGUCGCCCGGUAUCAUUGCAGCUAACGCCACCGCCCUUGCGCCGCCAGCUAACGCCACCCAGUCCGAUCAGUGCCAAGAUGCCAGCUUCACCCAGACGAUCUUGCCUGGUGGUUCGCGUCGAAGACAUUUCGCCCGAUGAGGAGCGUACGAUUGACCUGCACAGUCCCACGGAUACGUACGACAAACACCGGAACAAGAAGAAGGUCGUGUUCGCCGACGAUCAGGGAGGACAGCUGACCCAGGUGCGCGUAAUGAAGGAACCGUCCUACAUGCCUCCGAUCUGGAGUCUUCAGUUCCUUGCGCACGUCACCCAGGGUAUGAUCAGUCCGGUACCGCAGGAGCAGUGGGUGGUGGACUUUCGGCAGCCGGCCAGCGCAUACCUGGAGUUUCGUCAAAAGGUGGAGGAGAACAACGUGUCACUGGAAAAUGUUAUCAUCAAGGAAACGGAGCACCUGAUCGUCGGUACGGUUAAGGUGAAAAACAUCAGCUACCACAAGGAAGUGAUUGUGAGAUCCUCCUGCGAUGGCUGGAAAACGCACGAGGACACCUACUGCACGUAUACCGUGGUUGGCAGCGGAACCACGUCCGCCUACAUGGCACACGACACCUUCUCCUUCAAAAUAACGCUUCCGCCCAAAUCCCGGCGAAUUGAGUUUUGCGUUUGCUACCGCUGCGACGGAACCGAAUUCUGGGACAACAACAAUGGUCACAACUAUUCGCUCACGAACCGUGUCAUGCCUCGCCAGGAGUCCAGCAUCUUUUUCCCCUCUCACAAUGCUUUUAGUCAGAGUGCCGGCAGCAACAAUAAUACCAACAGUACCUCUCAAACCAACAGUACAAACAGCACCAACGGUCCAAGUUCCAACAACAGCAACACUAGCGCCAACUCGAACCGCUCGACCUACGUGGAUCACACGGUCAAUCUGGACACGUGGCGCCACAUGCACCCAGAGAACCAUACCGGACCAUAUUGUGUGAAAAGCGACAUCCCGGCAAAGGACAUCCCGGAAACGCCACGAGCAGCUACAACACCGAACAAACAGUCCACUCCAAUCCAGCUCGGCAGAGCCAAAUCACCCCAACUGCCGCAGGAUGUGCUGGUGGACCGUUCCAUUGACUCUUCUCCGCAGGUUUUGGCACGUACCGAAUCACUGACGGCACCAUACCCUUCGGUCACCAAUGGCGGCAAGCCCAGUAACGUCAGCAAUGUCAUGCGUCGCCUUAGCAGCAGCAGCCUGCCACGUAGCUCGUGUGGUGAUGAGUUCACUCGAUCGCUACAGAUGCCACAGAUCCAUCGUCGUGCCAGCACCCCCCGGGACACCGGUCGCCAGUACUUCAUCCGUGCGCGUACCGAAAGCGAAGAUUUGUUGACCAAUUUGCUGAACCUGCGAGAACUGCUGCUUAAUCAGAACGUUCACGGGUGAAAAUGUGACCGGCUGGUGUUUUUGUUUUUUAUUUUAUUUUAUUUGUAACUAGUGACUACCCAUUGUACGCUUUAAUGAGUCAUAUACAAUUUGCUUGUACUGUUCUCCGCAUUGUGAAGUUCAAGAAAGUCACAUUUGUUUAGCUAUCUAUAUAAGAUUUUAGGACCUGUUUUUUUUUAAAUGUUGAUAUUGAAAUAUUUCACUACCAUAUUAGUGUGAGGUGAGACAGCAACAAAAGUUCGAUGGAAACCGCCUACUCUGCUAAACCAACGGAAACAAAAACAAAGAAAGAGUUGGAUUUUGAUGUACUAUUUUUCUGUUUGUUUGUUUUGUUACGUUCGGAAGCGGAAGGACACGGAAGGAGGGCCUACUAGUCAGUGGCGAGAGCUCGCGAGGCACCGAAUUUUACUAUUUAUUAUUUAUUAAUUUUCUCUGACACAAUUGUCUCGGCUAGCGUUCGUGUUUGACUCAUGUUGCCUGCACUAGUAGGGUCGCGUUAGAAGAAGUGCAGCUGAAGAAAGAGGACAGAUAGAGGGCGUGGGCAAAAGGCAAAAGGCAGAAGGCAGCACCAAUCAAGAUACUAAUUGUUUUGCAACCAAUUUCCAACAAUCAACCCUAGACACUAACUCAAAAAACUGACAGACAACCAAAAUAAAAUCGACGGCAAAUACUAGAGGAGGAAGGAGGAGAAUAAUAGAAACCAAAAGACUGAUCGUGUCCACAAAUUUAAUUAAUUUGCAUGCUGAAAGGGUGUGAGAGAUUUUUGCGAGAAUCGGAAGGAAAGCAAGUCGGAAGGAAGGGACAGAAAGAAACAGGAAACUAACGAAUGAUGAACAGCAUCAGGUAGUCUCCCUUUGCUAAUUUUUUUUAUAUAAAACAAAACAGAAAACAAGCAAAACAUAGUGCUAGAGGUCAAACAUAAGCAACCGAUUUCGUUUGUAUAUAAAGUACCUAAUUGUUAAUAGUCAUAACCUUUUUUUUUUAAUUUUGCUCAGUGAAAGUGUACAACUGAUGAGAGAAUAAAAAGAAACAAGUCGACUGAAACAUGAAACACUAAAAGAGAUUGGAUAAAAUGUAACGUCGUCGAAAUGAAUGAUCAAAUCGUGAUCGUGAUACUAUUAGAUUAAUUAAGUGUUUGAACUGCAAAAACCAUGCAAUUGGAAUAUGAUCAGCCCAUGGAGUGAAGGUUCUAAAGAGGAGCCACGGGGAGAAAAGUGCUUAUUAUAUGUAGCAUGUUUUGCCCCAUUUACUUCUACUAAUAAACUACUAAACUAAAACACUGUGAUGGACUACUCACAGUUUUCAGCUAUUAUUUGUUACUAGUGAUAGGGUUGUCUGGAGAGCUCUUCUUUCCCGUUGAAAAAAGUUUGCUUUUUCCGGUCCAAGUUUAUUGCAGCCCAUCGGGGGGAGGGCGAAACAACCGAACUGGUUAUUUUGUUGUACAUAGUAAGUUAACAUUCGUAUUUCAUGAUGAAUAUUAUCUUUAAUCUACGCUACAACAUACGGCUAGAAAAUAAAACUGUAAGGAUGACAUUGAUCUGCCGGCAAUUUAUAGUGGAAUCUGAAGGAAGCAGACAAACUACGGUCCAAUAUUCACUCUGUGCGUUGUGUUUAUUACACUGCUAGUGUUUCAAGCAGAUACAUAUAUAUUUUUCGAGGAUAUUUAAUUAUUUCAUAUGAUAUGUGUCUAUUAACUAGUGGUUAGCUUGUAGCUUCUAAAAAAAACAGAACAGUGAAGAAAUAAACAAGUUUAUUAAGAAAAAA